AUGUCUUUUCUAUUUCUAAUAUUUCCCAUAUUUUCCCAUCAAACCUCAAUUUCUCCUUCACAAAUCCAACCUUUGGCUCAAAAUGCCAGCCAAACCCUGAUAAGUAUUCUGGAUGGUUGCACUUCGAAUCGAAAUUUCACAUGUUUGGAUCUCAUUUUUCAUCCGGAUUUUAAAAUUGGGGGCUCAAGCCCGAAUUCAAAUCUCGAUUUAAAAUAUCACCGUCUAUUUUGGAUCAAUCGAUUGAUGUUUGACUCACUUUAUUAUGAAUAUCGAUUGAUUUUUGGGGAAAUAAAUGAAGCGGGAGAUUUGGAAAUGUUGAUUUGUCAAAAAUCGGAUCACCAAGUCAAAUAUAUUUUCUAUAAGGCUAAGCAGAUGAUUCCGUGGGGUAAAAGUAUUCGUAUUUUGAGUGCCAGAUUUGUUGAAUGA